GUAUUGGUCACGGCUGGUGAAGGGGAGAUGAUAUCGCUCCUCCAAGUGAAUGACAAGAAGACUAAGCUAUCACAGCUAACAGAAUUCAAGGCACAUGAAAAGAGAAUCAAGUCUCUGAAAUGUGUCAAUGCUAGAGGAAGCAAAUCAAGCCAGACUGAGAAAUGGCUUCUAUCUGCAUCUAGUGAUGGCUUUCUCAAGAUAUGGUGUAUAGAUACAGAAAAGAUCACAGAUUCUCCGAUAUUACUCUCAGAGGUGGAUUCCAAAGCCAGACUGACGUGCUUAGCGGUGAGACAAGCGCCCUCUGUGGUUAGCGAAGAGAAAGAGACAUCCCAGCAAACCACAAAGCGCAUCACAGAAAGCAGAACUGAUGACACAGCGGUUAAGAAGAAGAAAAAGAAGACCAAACCUUGAUCUACUUCUCUCAGAUCUCCAGAUUUAGAAAUUUCUUUUGUCGGUUUAAGAAAGACCAAUCAGAGCAAAAGUUGUUUGGCUUUGAGUUCCAUUCUGGUAUUUUAUGUUCAAAAUAUUGUUAGUCUAAAUACUAGCAUUGCACUCUAAAUAAAGGUGAAAGCACUCUGUGAGUGGAUGAGUCUGAAACACUCCAGAAAUUUGGCCUUCCCAGAAGUUGACUUGGGCAUUGGCCUUUUAAUAUUAAAAAUAAUAUCUUUUUAUACCCUUUAAAUGUUAAAUAUGUGAAUGUCUGGAUUGGUUGGGGGUGAUAUAAUGUCGUCUGAUAUAAAAAUUACUGUUCAAACAUGCUUGUAUACCGUAGUCAUACCAACAAAACCAACACAAGCCUGAUGACAAUGGGCCAAAAUACGAAUUGGUUGGGUCGGAAUCAAUUAGCCAGUUUGUAAAUACUAACUGCGUCUGGGCAGAUAAAGGUCACUUGUUCCCAAAUUAUAAAUACUGGUAUCGUGCUCAUGAAAGUUAUGUAAUCAGUAUUCAUUUAUGCAUGACAGUACAUUUUUCUGAU